CGCUGUAACGCCGUGUUGUAACCGACGCAGGCAUCCAUGGGCGACGAUGGGAGGAAGAUAGUGUUCGAGGCGGCGCUAGAGGCUGCUCCGCGCAUUGUCGUUGUCGCCAAGACUAAGCGGCGCAUAAAGCAGCAGAGCUCGCCCAAGAAGACUACGCCAGCAAACGACGAGGCAGAGUCGCCGGGGCACGGCCAGCUCCAGGUGAUCCAAGCGGCGAAUGGCGAGUACUCGUUGCGGUUCAUAGACGUCGUUGUGCACAAUCGGCGUCGCCAGAACCUCUACGUUCUCCUUUGCACGACGCAUGUGACCAAGUUUACAAAAGCGUUCAUCACGAGCUUCGAAGGCUCCAGCGAGCGCUUGCUCUUGGACGACGGUCCCGACGGGCAACUUAAGGGCGCCCACGUUUCGCGCACGUUUGAGCAGCCGAUGCGCGUGUUUGACCCGCGUCGGUACAAGGCAAUCGUCAUUUGCAAGCCUGCGACAGCCAAGCCCCCGAGCGUCGCGCCAGACAUCCACCUUUUCGCUAACCUCGUGCCGUACGCACACAUAACUGCCGAGAGCGCAGCGCAGCUUCAGGCCAAAGCCAACGCCAUCGCCAGCAUCAUCGUAUCGACACCGACGAGCGCCAACUUUGCCAAUGACGACUGGACAAUCGAUACACUGGCGUCAAACGCCCGAGAGCUUUUCCACAUGUUUGACCGCGACCGGUCCGGUGCUAUCGACUUUGGUGAGUUCAAGGCGAUGCUUUUGUUUUGCAAGAUUCAGCUGCUCGAGCCACAGGCCCGCCGCUUCUUUGCGCUGUGCGACGAAGGAAAGAGCGGCUUUAUUGACGAGCAGGAAUUUGUCGCUGCGCUGUACAUGACCAACUACCUUCGUGAACGCAAAGCGACGCCGCACUUGACGCCGGCAGACGCAUUUGCACUCUUUGACGAGGACCGCGACGGGCUACUCAACUUUCUCGAGUACGAACAAGCGCUCAAGUCCCUCGGUGUCGCACCGCCGAAAGCCAAACUCUACGCGCACUUUCCUAUGCAAGCGCGGCUCGUAGCGUUUCCAGAUUUUCAAGCGACGUGGACGGAGCUCAUUUCGGUCGAGGUGGAGCUGGCAAAGCGGCAAAUUCCACUGCCACCAAACUUACCGCGCUGGCAACGCAAGAAGCGAAAAAUGGUGCUGCAGGAAUGCCUCGUCGCAGCUAUGAAUGCCCAGGCCAAGGAGGAAGUCGAGAUGGCCAAAGAAGCCCGAAGUAUCGUCCUCGACGUCGAGCGCAAGCGACAAAUGACCAAGCAAGAUCAGUCCCGUGCCGCGCUACAUCUCAAGCGCCAGGAAGAGUUGCAAAUGAAGACCGAUGAGGCCGUGCGCGAGCGCGAAGAGAUGCUGCAGCGGCGAAGGGACCGAAGCGCCAAGGCCAAAAUGGCGCAGGAAGAACGGCGACUGCUGCGCGUGGUUGCAGACGAGACAGAGCGCCGAAAGCAAGCGCUUUUGGCGGUCAAAACCCAUGCCCUUGUGCGGCGCCGAGACGAAGCAGGUCAACGCAGGGCAGAACGUGGCGACGACGCGAUCGAGUGGUCGCACCGCCAACUCACUGAGGUGCCAGCUGACGUGUAUCACGGAAAGGCCAACCUCACGGACCUCUCGCUCCUCGUGCUCGUGAACCUUGCGUGCAAUGCGCUCACGACCCUUCCUGCUAAUUUUGUCUAUCACUUGGGUCUUGUGCAAAAGCUGGAUGUGUCCCAGAAUCAACUGACAGCACUUCCGGAAACGAUCGGCGAAAUGACGGAGCUUCGCAUUCUCAAUGUACGUAGCAACAAACUUACAGCGCUACCCGACACAGUAUCGAGACUCGCACGGCUCGAAAUUCUCGACAUCUCGGGCAACCGACUCUCACACUUGAACCUCCCGAUGUUGUGCAACCUGACCGCACUCCACGUACUGUACGCCGCCGAUAAUACGAUCGAGCACCUCCCGCAGCAUUUUGGCGACCUUCCGGCGCUACAAGUGCUCGACCUCGUCGGCAACCCCAUCUCGCGCCUUCCCUCGUCCUUUGCCCAGCUCCAAAAACUACGUCACUUGGAUCUCUCCUCCUGCGGCCUGCGGUACGUCAGUAGUGAGUUCGGGCCGCACCCGCAAUGCGAGCUGCUCAAUCUGUCAUGGAACGGUCUUGACCAUCUCCCGGCGUCGGUCAUUGGGCUCGUGUCCGUCCAAGAGCUCCGUGUCUCCUCCAAUAGCCUCUUGUCGUUGCCAGACGGUGUAAGGGGCUGGACAUCACUCGUAGCGUUCUAUGCCGACCACAACCGACUGCGCUUGCUGCCUGACGAGCUUGGCCAGUGGCGUCAACUCGAGGUUCUCGACUUGAGUCACAACAGUAUUGUCUCACUACCGACAACUAUUGGGUGCCUUGCCAAGUUGCACACGCUCCGCAUCCGCAACAACCUGCUUUCGUCACUCCCGCUCGAGUUUGGCGCACUCCGGAGCUUGUGUCACCUGAACUUGGCCCGCAACAGCCUUCGCGAGCUGCCCGUGCACGUCGGGUACUGCCACGCACUUUUGACCAUCGACAUAAGUGAGAACGACCUCGAAACGCUCCCAGAAAGCGUCGGUAUGUGGAUGGCCCUCGAGUCGUGUGUAUUGAGCCGCAAUCGACUGCGAUCGCCGCUGCCAGACACGAUCGCCGACUGGAGAGCGCUCAAGUACCUGGAUCUCUCGCACAACGCACUUGUCCAUGUCGAUGUGGUGCUUUGCACACUGCCCGUCGUCGAGUGUCUUUUUCUCGGUAGCAACGAGCUGCAGCACCUCCCUGCCGAGGUAGCGCAGCUCACGAGUCUCCUGACGCUCGACGUGCACAACAAUCGACUUCGCGCAUUGCCCAUCGAGCUGAGUGCGCUGCUACCGACGCUCGAGGUGCUGCACGUCGCGCAGAACCCGCUGUCGGCACUGCCAGAGAAAUGGUGCAGUCGGUGGCGGCUACAGGACGCUUACGGCGCGAGCUUUGCACGCGGAUACUCGCCGGCCGAAGCGCUCGAGUGGGUCGCAGACCACGCCGUCUUUUAUCCGUCUGUGCUCCGCGUUUGGCACGAGCAUAGCGCCGCGAUUCUGGACCACGGCUUCUCGGUCAGUGCGUUUGUUGGUGCAGUGCAAAACGAUGUUGGUCCGCGAUGGCAGCUGCGGUUCGCCAAGCCUGUAAAAGCUGCUUUCUUCGAGUUCAAGUACCUCGGACACCCAGUCCUCGUCGAUGAUGUCCCGGAGAAUGUCAGGAAGGAAGAAGCAACUCAAGAGGAGCGACUCGAAGAGCAGCGCAUCGAGCGCGGCGUUGCUGCGCGUUUGACGGAUGAAGCACACCGCGCGGACGUGGCGGCCAAGUACUCUGUGGACAUGGCGGCCGCAUUGGACAGAAGUCGCCGCCGUCGCGAUGCCUAUGAACGUCGGCUUUCAUACGAAGAGCAUGUCCAAGCCGCCGCGCUGCAGACGCUCGUGCGUGAGAAGAUCGCGACGGCGAACGGGCUUGAAGCAGCGUCGCGCGCGACAAAGCGCGCUGCGUUUGCGUCCGCAAUGGUCCAGAAGGCCCUAGACCAGGAGAAAGUCCUCUGUCGGGCAUAUACGCAGCCGCGGGCGCAGGCCAAGUGGGCCGUGUACCAUCGGAUGGGUCAGUUCUUCCCUGAUGAUGAGGACGACGACCCUGAGGUAGUCGACGCGCGCGUCGAAGCCGAUGACCCGUCCUAAUAUGAUCCCGCUGUCAAGUUUGCCAGGCA